AUGGCAGCGAACACGAGCAAGCACCAAGUCGUCAUCGUCGGCGGCGGCGUGACCGGCCUCGUCCUCGCCCUGUGCCUGGAGCGUCUGCAGGUCGACUACGUGCUUUUCGAAGCCUACGGCGAGAUUGCACCCGAUGCAGGCGCGAGCAUCCUGAUCCUGCCCAACGGCCAGCGGAUCCUGGACCAGCUCGGCGUCCUCGAAAAGGUCGCUGCCGCCGGCCUGCCCCAGGGCCACAUCGUCUACCGCGACGGCGUGACGGCCAAGAACCUGAGGCACACCCACGCCGCGGACGAGUACCGGAAGCGCCACGGCUACAACUCGCUGUGGUCUUCGCGGCACCGCAUCAUGCGCGCGCUUUCCGAGGCCGUCGCCGACAAGCACAGGCUUUUGACCAACAAGCGCGUCGUCAGGAUCGACGACUCGCGACCCGACGCCGCCGUCGUGUACACCGAUGACGGCUGCGUCUACGAGGCUCAGGUCGUGGCCGGCUGCGACGGCGUGCACAGCACCGUCCGCCAGGAGAUGUGGAGGCACGCGGACCUCGAAGAUCCCAAGUGCGUCCCCGCGGCGGAUCGGGCCGAGGUGGCGUGCGAGUACGCGUGCCUGUUCGGCGCUGGCCUGUGCUCGCCAAAAGUGCAAGACGGCAUCCCGGAGAACUGGGGCGCGUUGGUGUCGUUGCAGGACGCGCAGAUCGUGCUGGGCCGCGGGCUGGACAACGAGAUCUACAUGCUGUGCACGUGGGCGCUGCCGCAAGAACAGCAGCGGUGCGCCAUCGAUGGCGUGCCUCGCUUCCAAAAGGAGGAGCAGGAGCGGGCUAUGGACAAGUUUCGCGACGUCGUUGUUGCCGACAACGGCCUGCGCAUGCAAGACCUCUUUGAAAACCUCAUCCGCAGUGGCGUUACGGCCCUUCCGCACUACACCCUCCGCAAGUGGUCGCAUGGCCGUAUCAUCUGCCUCGGCGACGCAGUCCACAAGUUCAACCCAGUCGCCGGUCAGGGCGGAAACAGCUGCAUCGACUCUUGUGCCAUGCUCAUCAACGCUUUACAGGAGCACAUUGCCGGGGACCUGGGUGGGAUGACGGCGUGGCCGGUCGCCGGGCUGAGGGCGGCGUUCCGGGACGUCGAGGAGUCUUCGUUUGAUAGGACUUCGAGGAUGGUGGAGGAGAGCCAGGAUAUGAUACGGAUGUUGUCAUGGCGCCGGUGGAGGGACAAGCUCACCUGGCGAUACGUGAUUCCGUACGUGCCCGAGUCGGUCCUUUUAAAACCGCACAGUAUGGCUAUUGUGGGUGGCGCUAGGUUGAAGGGGAAACAGUUUAGGCAUCCCAAAAUUGAGCAUAACUGGCCAUAUGAUGACGAAUAG